UUCACCCUGAGGAGGCAAGUGGGCUUCUACAUGAUGGGCGUCUACGCCCCAACCCUGCUCAUCGUGGUUCUCUCCUGGCUUUCCUUCUGGAUCAACCCCGAUGCCAGUGCUGCCAGAGUGCCCCUCGGAAUCUUCUCGGUACUGAGCUUGGCCUCUGAGUGCACCACUCUGGCUGCUGAACUCCCCAAGGUGUCCUACGUGAAGGCGCUGGACGUGUGGCUCAUCGCUUGUCUCCUCUUCGGCUUUGCGUCCCUGGUGGAGUACGCAGUCGUCCAGGUGAUGCUCAAUAACCCCAAGCGAGUUGAAGCAGAAAAAGCCAGAAUUGCCAAGGCCGAGCAAGCAGAUGGGAAAGGGGGAAACGUGGCUAAAAAGAACACUGUCAAUGGCACAGGCACACCUGUUCACAUCAGCACCUUGCAGGUUGGUGAGACCAGAUGCAAAAAGGUUUGUACGUCCAAGUCUGAUCUGAGAUCAAAUGACUUCAGCAUCGUGGGAAGCUUACCGAGAGAUUUUGAAUUGUCCAAUUAUGACUGCUAUGGAAAACCCAUUGAGGUCAACAACGGACUUGGGAAGUCUCAGGCCAAGAACAACAAGAAGCCGCCUCCGGCCAAACCCGUUAUUCCAACAGCAGCAAAGAGAAUCGACCUUUAUGCGAGAGCCUUGUUUCCUUUCUGCUUCUUAUUCUUCAACGUUAUCUACUGGUCUAUAUAUUUAUGAUAAACCCUUUCCAUUCAUAUGAAGUAAAAUCCCAUCGCAUUGUGACCAACCUCGUUCAUAAAUGCCAAUCUGUGAACAAUCUUUGCAUUUUCAUAGCAGUGUAUUGCAUUUUGGAUGCCAUGGGAUUGUAACACAAAUAUGGCACCUUCAUGUGGAAUGGCAGCAUGACUGUGUUACGUCUGUGCUCUAAUCAUGAUGUACUUAGGUAAAGCAAACAUAAUUGCUUUAGGAAUAAACGAAGGAUAAGCAUACUACAUAAAAUAAAAUCCAGACGUUUCUCUCCAGUUAGUGUAAAUUGCAAACACUUCUGAUAAUUCUGAUAAUAAAAUGGUAUGCACGCUGAACCCUGUUAAGAUCAGCAUUCCAAUGUAUGUAGCAUUUCAAAUCUUCCUUGUAACUUUCAGAGAAAGCCAUCUUAUUCUUGUAUAAUUUUAGAUGGUAUUAAUACAGAUAAGCAAAAUUAUAUUACAUAUGGUAUAACUUUAUAAGUAGAAAUAUAUCAGCUAUAAUUAUGUGGGGGCUGUGGAGAAAUAAAGUUCAAAAAGAUUCCUCAUUUGUAAAGUCAGCUAAUUUUAAAGUGUGCCCGUGUUGGCCAUGCCAGACAAUAAAAUCCAGUGAGCAGUUUUGAAACAAAGGGAAAUCUAGAUUUACCUACAUUCGUGCUGAAUUCUGGUUUCUGAUAAGAAAGUAGAUAUAUUGAUUAAAUAUUUCUGAUAAAAGAAAUUCUAUUUAGUCCACUUUAAAACCUAAAUAUAUUUUCAUGGAUUUUAUUUUGUUGAUACAGAGUAUACGGAAUCAUUGUGCCUUAAAAAGAGUCAUAAAUAUUUUAAAUUGGAAUAUAGUAAUGAAUAUUGUGAUUUCAUACCAUUUUUAAGAAACCAAGAAGAAAAUACCUUAUUACUAGAAGUAACUUGAGUUAGGAAGAAAAAUCCAUUAUCAUUAAAUUAAAAUCAUUAAAAGAAUUUAGCUUCUUUAUCUUAUUAAGAUGCUAGCAUAUUUUAAAGUAAAAUUAAUUUUUUUUCAUUUCCUUUUUUCUUAUUUGAAUAAUGUUUGACUUGUUACAAAACAUUUAACAAUUAAGUAAAUGAUUACUUCAUUAGGCCUCACCUCUAGUUGCAUUUUCUUUCUUGCUGAAAGUCUGGACUACUUAAAUUAUACUUGCUUUGAUCUUGUUCCAACUUGAAAAUAAGUACUUUCUGGUCUAUAAGACUUGAAUUUCCUAGUAAUAUCAGAGCCAAAGUACCUUUUUAUUUCUCCAUAGCUGAUACUAAGACUAUCAGUAAUCCACGUAACAUAAACAUGAGGCCAAAUAAGUAUAUUUACAUUAUGUGGAGAAUUUCGUAGCAGCUGAGAUCUUGGAUGGUUAAUUCAAUAAUAAAGUGUGUUUACAAACAGUUUAUGCAAACUGCAACCUAUAAUUCAAGGCUAUUUUAUUGAAGACUUUAAUUUGUAAAAGAGUCACUGAUUACUAAAUCUUUACAAAAUGAGAUGUAUCUAAUCCUGUGGUCUUUCAGCACCCUCUAGUUGCAAAAGUUUAGCCAUCUGAACCAUUUUAAAAUCACCACAAGUCACCCUAUCGGUAGACUUAACAUCCUGCUAGGACCCAGGGCAGUAGUAUCUUAAUGGUACUGUGAUAGGAAAAAAGUGUCUUGAAAAAGACUUAGACCAUUUAAAUUUGUAUUAAUAAUAAUUACACUUCCUUAUAGUCUCUUUUCUUUAUCCUUGCAAAUUUCAUUCAUAUUAGGGAGUUUGAUUUCCAUGCAGUUUUAAGUGGGAUAUGUACCCAAUGGAAAAUAGGUCUCAUUUUGUAAGAAUUUAUUUCUUGAAAAUAAUGUGAAUGAAUUUCUUUAUGUAAUAUAACAUUGCAGCCUCCUAAGAUCUGUUUUACUACCCAAAUAUAUAUAAAUAGCUAUCCCAGGAUUAAGUGUGUAUAUAUAACUACAAAUGGAACAUUGCACAAUGAUCAUCAUGCAGUACAAUCAGUGUCCACUAACAGUUGCUUUCUAUUGUUAUGUUGAGAAUUUAGCCAAUUAACCCAGGGUAGUUCUGAUCUGUGUACUUUAAGUAUUAUGUCUUUCUAGGAAACUUGCAGUAUUUACCUGGAUAUCAGUGUUGCAAAUUCGAUCUUUCCAAAAUAAAAAUGAUCUCCUCCUUACAAA